AUGGCAACAUUAAUACAAGACAGUUGGUUUGCCAUAAAGCAAGAGAAAGACAUUGGAAGCACCUUAAAAGGGACAAUCGACAAAGGAAGUAUAGGACAAUUACUCGUGUCAACUGCAAGGCGAGGAUUCGGUUCAUUCGUCACUAUAGAACGGUACAGAAAUCUUAUUGCCGCGAAUCGUGGGCUUGAUGAGGCCGAUAAAACACAAGCAGACAGCUUGCGAGCAUGUGGUGUUAAAACUUGCCACAUAAUGAGUUACAUAGUUUUCCAAAAAGGUGGAUAUGAUAAAGUGGGUUUUACCAGCAAAGACUUACAUAACCACAUUAGUAAGACUAGGCGUGGCAAAGUAAAAGAUGGUGAUGCCUUUGCUGUGUUGGCCUAUCUGUUUUCUAAGGCAGAUAGUGACCCGUUAUUUCUAGGAAAGUUUACCUUAAAGGAUGGUAGGUUGGAUAAUUUGGUGUGGGCUGAUGGAGAAAGCGUUAUUGAUUACGAAUGUUUUGGCGAUGUACUGGCUUUUGACACCACUUACAAGAAAAAUGUAUACAACAAGCCCUUAGUCAUAUUUUCAGGGACCAACCACCAUGGCCAGACAACUAUAUUUGGAUGUGCUCUGCUCUCAAAUGAAAGGUCCGAAACUUUAAAAGUGCGCACUGAAGGAAUUUUCGGAAAUCAUAGAUGGAACAAGAUCAUAUCCAAAUACGGACUUGCCAAGAAUGAAUGGGUCCAGGGCAUUUAUAAUGGCAGAAUAAAGUGGGUUACCGCAUAUUUGAGGGAGCACUUCUUUGGCCGCAUAAGAACUACAUCACAGUGUGAGGGAAUUCAUUCAUUAUUGAAGAACUAUGUUGACAGUAAAACCAGUCUCCUUGAAUUCAUGCAUAAAUUUAGUGAAGUACUAAGGCAUUACCGAAACAACCAUCUUACUGCUGACUUUGAAACCUUUUAUAAGUUUCCUAUUUUGACUACGUGCUUGAAAAGUUUUGAGAAACAAGCUGCUGAACUUUAUACUAGAAAUAUUUUUAAACUUGUGAAAGAUGAGAUAGAAGCAGCAGGUGCCUUAAAUGUGACUGAAUGCCCAAACAGUGGAGACAUUGUUGAGCUAUUUGAGAUUCGUAGAUUACCGUGCUCCCACAUCUUUGGGGUCUUGAAGCAUCGCAAUGCAAAAUGCGUCCCUACAUCUCUUAUCCUGAAAAGAUGGACAAGAGAUGCAAAGAGUGAUUUUAUAUGCUCAAUUGGCGAGCAAGACACCGCUGAUGAUAUAGUGCCCACACUUAGAUGCGGUGCAAUGGCAUCUAUUUGUUGGAAGCUUUGUGAUAUUUUUUCCAAAAAUUCAGCCGACUAUAGGGAAAUCUCAGGUGAGUUACUUAAGCUAAUUUUGAAGGUGCAAAAUAAAGGUGAUGCACAAGCAAGGCUUUCCCCCACGUCAGCACUAAUAGGUGAUCCAGCUGUUGUGAAGUCAAAAGGGGCUCCAAGUAAGGUUCCAAAAGGCCAAAAGAGGCGAAGAUGUUCGCAUUGUAAGUCAAGCAGGCAUUUCGUUAGGACAUGUCCAUUACUCGCCAAGGAGGACUCCCCCGCCGAAUACUCAAAUGCUAAAGAUGAACCAGUGGUAUUAAUAUAA